AUGCCAAGAGAUAAGAUUUAAAGAUCAAGAUCAAGAGAAUAACCCUAAUACUACCAACCAUAAGUUUAGCAUCAUAAUCUCUAGCAGCAGCAGUAGUCUUAAUACCCCUAAGUUCACACUCAAUUCAAUGGCAAUCAACAAAUGAUCAAUGGUUAAUCUAUCAACAGCAACUACAAGCAAUGUAUCAAGCAAGCAUCUAGGAAAUACUCCCCGGAUAACACAAACAACUUCUCCGAAGAUAAGAGAUAUCAUAGUAGCAGUCAUAAUCAUCAUUAGAGUUUCAGUAAGAGGUUCGAUUUUUACCAGGUUUACUCUAAGUUUGACAAGCAUCAUAACAACAGCGGGUACACUCAGAAUUAGCAUAAAAGCAAAGGCAAAGGCGGAUUUACAAGACAUCGCAGUCAGAGUAGUAGCUAAAGCAGAUAUCGCUCACCUAGAAGCAGAUCAUCUGAAACCAGCGGAGAUUACAAAAAGUACAAAAGCAGAAGAGCUUAGGAUUCCAAAUAUGCCUUUAAAUCCAAGCAUCAUGAACACAAGAGCUACGGUUCAACUGCAUAUCUAGCGAAGAAGUACUCAUCAAAGAGAAAUAAGUCAUUUCACGAUUCUUAACUAAAGCCUUAUAAAAAGAGAUACGAUAGAAGCAGGGGCAGGUCCUUUGAUAGCUCUCGAAGAACUUCACCAACUAAGAAGACUUUCAACUUCAGAAAGCAAUCCAUUAAUAAUCACAACGAUGAGAAACAUAAACUCGCAUGGAUCAGCAGUAUUAGCAAAGUCUAGGAGUAAAAGCCGUUGACUGUUUCAUUCUAGAAUAAAAACACAGUGACGUCAAACUUCGAAACUUUUGAGAGAGAUUAACUCUGCAGUAAUACUGAUGGAUUCUAAAAUUAGAAACCUAUUGAGAUGCCCAAGUUUAAAAUAUCACCGAUUGAAAAGACUGGUUCAAUAAGUAAGUACCAGAUACCAGGAUUGACUCAAACCUUUAUAUCAACACAGCCAGACGGCUAAAAAUACAAACAAAAAAUCUACAUGCCAAGAAAUACAGGAAUAAACUAUGUUGGACUGCUAAUUGGUCCCAAGGGUAUUUAUUAGAAAAGACUUUAAGAGUAAACAGAUUGCAAAAUACUAAUCAGAGGUCGAGGAUCUCAUAAAGAUGGCCAUCCUAUGCAGCAAAAUGAUGUCGAUGAUUAGCACGUACUGAUCAUUGGUGAUACAGAAGAGAAAGCAUAGAAUGCAGCUAAAGUAGUCUAUAGAGUAUUGACUGCUGAUGAGGAAACCAGAAAUGCUAUUAGGCAAGAAUAGCUCUAUGCAGCUUAAGAAAUGAGUAAAGAUCUUUACAAGCAUCCAAUUGACGAUUAUCUCCUUACUCCUUAUGGUCCACCUUCACCUUACGCCUUAAUUAUACCAGUGCCUAAUGAGUGUGUCGGACUAAUUAUUGGCAAAGGUGGUGAAACCAUCAGGUACCUUCAAAUGAAAUCAGGAUCAAAGAUUCAAGUUGCAAAGAAGGAAAUACCAAACUCAACAAUGAGAAAUGUUUUUAUUGAAGGCCAACCUGAGAAGUUUGAUGGAGCUAAAGCACUAAUCGAAAACAUUGUUAAUGAACAUCGCAAAAUGCAAGAGUCAUUCUCUCUUAAGGGUGAAGUUAAUCCAUUCCCAGGCCCUUACACUAACUUUGCUAUCUCAAAUGCCAUAAUAGAUAUCAUAAUUGGUUAGAAUGGUUAAACAAUAAAAUCUCUGCAUCAGAAAACAGGAUGCUACAUCUUUAUACCUCAGGAAGUGAACUCCUCGAACGAAAGAGUGCUCCAAUUAUCUGGUCCUUUAGAGUCUAUUGAAAAAUGCAAAAUUGAGUUGCUUUAGAUAAUCAGAAAUGUUCAAAAUUUUGCUGAUAGCACAGGUUAAAAACUCGACAAUCAUAUUUAAAAAGCAAGUUUCCUUUAGUAAAAUGAAUUUCAGAAGAAGUCUCUUCUUGAAUAAGCUAUGAAAGAUCAGCAACUUUUACUUCCCAAGAGUCAUAAUUUUUACUCCUCAGACAUUAAGGAUGAAAAUCCAGUAGAAGAUCCAAGCAAGAGUGGAAAUGUAUUUAAUUAGAUAUCUUAGAAGGACUUUCUAUUUGAUCCCUUAGCAGCAGCAUACUACGAAAGAUUUACACUUUUCACUUAAGGUUCUUCCUUAAAUUUCAAUGAGUUGAAAUGGCCAGCACUUGCGAAAAGCAGGUUGGAAAACUCUAAUAAAAACUAUAAAACUUACUAUGAAGAGUACUGCACUUAGUAUGGUAUCUAGUGCAACUUGAAUUCCCUUGACUUUGAAUAAAGUUUGCUUUCAGAGUCAACUAAUCUAUCCACAUCCACAGCUAAUUCUAAUAAUUAGUAGCAAUCUUAGAGUCAAUCAGUCAAUGUUAACAAAAACAUGCAAGCUAGUUAAGACUGCUAUAACAAAAUUAUAGGUAGCUGCGCGCCUAAUGAAAUUAUUCCACAGUAGGUAAAUGUAACUCAAACUAAUGAUAAUUAGCAGUAACAGUAGCAUUAGUAGUAAUAUAUCUGUAAGCAGUAUAACUAGAUGUAGCUACCAAUAUACAGUUAAUCAUAGUGUUUUACUGGAGAUCAAAUCUAAUAUGUCACAUACAGUUAAUAGCCGUAUGAUGGAUGGAGUGGUAUGCCUGUCUAAAGCUAAAUGAAUACUUCUGGUUAUGGCUUAGGACCAUCUUCGUAAUCAUAAUAUCUCUCACAAGACUAAUACUUCUCCAAUGGCGCUAUUUAUCAUCAUCAAUUGUCCUAGCAGUCUCAUUUGCAACCUCAGGCUUAAUUAUAGUAGUAUUCGAGUUAGUAGAUAUAACAGCAGCAAUAACAAAAACAAUCUGCAGUUAGCCUAUUCUAUAAGUGCUUCGGACCAGAUGGAACUAUUAGCCGAUAAAUACCAUAGAGUUCUCAAGGAUAUAUUACAGAUCAAGAGCAAGGAGUUUACUAACUUAACAAUUUUAACUCACAUCAAUCUACAUAUGAUCAGACUUUGGACCAAAUGAGCAGUUAUCCAGCAGAUAGUACCAUGUGCGUUGGUUAUAGAGAGGAUUUAAUGAUAGAUGAAGAAUCAAAUGAUGAGAUCAACAUUUGUCAUGAUGAGGAUGAAGAGUAUUAGUAAUUCAGCUAAGAUGUUUAACUCUAGGACUAUCCUCAAGAUAAUGAUGCAGUCGAGUUGAUCAUUGAAUAAGAUUGA